UCCGACCAAGAUGCAGAGGGAAACGGCUCCGGCGAAGGGCACGGUGACGGUGAAGGUGGGGGAGGAGCAGCGGCGGUUGCGGUGCCGGUGAAGCACCUGAGCCACCCUCUGUUCGCGGAGCUCCUGGAGAAGGCCGCGGCCGAGUACGGCUUCCACCACUCCGGAGCCGUCGUCAUCCCCUGCACCAUCGAACACUUCUGCCAUGUCCGCCACGAGAUCGAGCGAGACCUCGCCGCACUCCGCCGCCACCACCAUCACCACCACCACCACUCCCAGUUCAUUGUGCCCAUUUGGAAGUAAAGCCGGCGACUAGUUUUUAUGUUGUUGGCUUCUUUAAUUUCUUUUUCGUUUCUUCUUUUCAUCUUGAUAU